CCAUACCAAAAACCAACAAUACAACUAGAAGAAGCAAUUUAUAUCCAAAUCAAUGAUUUAGUUUUAGAAACUAGUGAUAAGCAGUGUAGUUUUAGAAAACGCUAUAAUGCCGCUGGAACAUUAUUGGGCCUAAUCGACAAAAUUGUUAAAGCCUGGGACUAUCAACAAGUGACACAUUACCAAGGCAUUAGAUAGGAUAAAUCACCAAUUUUUGAUAUCUAAGUGAAAUAUUAUGUCAAAACCCGGUGAAGUAACCCAGGCAGUCAAAGAUGCGAUUGACGUCGGAUACAGGCACAUUGACUGCGCUCACGUUUAUGGUAACGAGAAAGAAGUAGGUGCCGCCAUCAAGGCCAAAAUCGCAGACGGAACCGUCAAAAGGGAGGACCUUUACAUCACAAGCAAGCUAUGGAACACCAUGCACAGGCCUGACAUGGUAGAACCAGCUCUUAAGACCACCUUGCAACACUUGGGACUGGAAUACUUGGACCUGUAUCUGAUCCAUUGGCCAUUUGCAAUGAAGGAAGGAACUGAGGAACUUUUCCCAACCAACUCUGAUGGCACUACAGCCUUCAGUGACGUAGACUACCUGGACACAUGGAAGGCCAUGGAGGCGGUUCAGAAGAAGGGUUUGACACAUUCCAUUGGCGUAUCCAACUUCAACAAGAAACAGUUGGAAAGGGUGUUGGCCAAUUGUACCAUUGCACCAGUCACAAACCAGAUUGAAGUUCACCCAUACCUGAACCAGAAGAAGCUGAUCGAAUUCUGCAAAUCCAAAAACAUCAUCGUGACCGCAUACAGUCCAUUGGGAUCCCCCGACAGGCCAUGGGCCAAACCUGGUGACCCACAACUGCUGGACGAUCCCAAGAUCAAGAGCCUCGCAGACAAAUACAAGAAGACACCCGCUCAGAUCGUGUUGAGGUACCAGGUGCAAAGAGGAUGUAUCACCAUCCCCAAAUCUGUUAACAGAAAGAGGAUUGAGGAGAACUUCAACAUUUGGGACUUCCAAUUGACUCCUCAGGAUAUCGCUUUGAUUGACACCUUUGACUGCAAUGGAAGGAUUUGCCCAUAUGACGAGUAAGUAUUGUACUGAAAUCUAUUACAAAACUGCACCAAAUAAUGCAUUAUAAUAGUGCAGUCGAACUAUACAGAGCAGUAAAUAAAAUAUUACUUAUAAAGAACGUUGACAGUGUGUGAGGGUGUUCCUUAAUGACGUGCUAAUUUUCAUAGAUGUGAUUCUUAAAAUAAUAUUACCAUCACUAUACUUAUUUUAGAUACUAUACAUAGAUGUAAAAUGAUAUAUUUUAUUAUAAAAAGUUAUUCUAUUGUGCCACCAAUGGGGUUCGUGUAAACAUGCGUAGAUGCGGAUAUUGGAUUUUUGUCACAUUGAGGAGUGGAACAUUUUAACUUACCACUAUCCGUCAUUUGUUUGUCUGGGCGGUCAGGAGGACCUUUGCCCAUUAGUCACGGUCUAAUUUACGUUAGUCGAGUCUGCCAGUCCUGGUGGCCCAGAAACCAGACAAUGUCAAGAAAAAAGAGAGGGGGAAAGAGUAGAAAAAAGGAGAAGAUAGGGACACCCUGUAUAACCAGUACCAUAAUAAAUUAACAAAUUAUGAUGAUGUAAAUCGAUUUUAAUUUUAUGGACUAUGACAAAUGUGACAGGCUAUAGAAACCAAUAUUAUUUGAACAAGUAUAAUUUCAAGAGCCGUUAACGAAGAAAAAUAUUAUAUAGAAUUAUGCAGCCAAUUAUGCUUACUGUUGUUCAGUUCUAAUAGCAGAAAAGUGCCAGACAAGAUUAUCAAACAUUCUUGCUAUAUUUUUCUCUUUCAUUUUGGAAAUUAUAACGAAAGCGGUAGUAAAAUGUAGAGUCAAGGAUGGAAUCUUUAAUAGAAGAGACAAUAUACAUCAAAGAUGCUAAUACUGUUUUUUAUAUAUUUUC